UUAGAUUUGUCAGUCAGAAUUCGUUGGUUUCAGUGGAUACUACUCUGGAUCUCCUCUAGAAGACAUUCUGAAAGUUAUCUUUAGUUCGUAGUGUAUAGUUAAGAUGAUAAGUGAAAUGGCGAAACCAGAUAUUGAAAUUAAAUACAAAGAAAUUUUCAUCAAUAAUGAAUUUGUUCCAGCCAAAUCAGGGAAGACAUUCUCAGUCAUAAAUCCAGCAAAUAAGCAAAUUAUCGCGGAAAUCGCUGAAGGAGAUAAGGCUGAUGUAGAUGCAGCAGUAGCUGCGGCAAAGAAAGCCUUUGCAAGAAACUCAGAAUGGCGAAAGAUGGAUCCAUCUGGUCGUUCUAAGCUCAUUUACAAGUUAGCAGAUUUAAUGGAACGCGAUCAAGACAUCUUAGCGACAUUGGAAUCCCUUGAAGUUGGGAAACCCAUCGGAGAUGCAAAACAAGAAGUUAUUGGUGCAAUUAAUGCGUUACGUUAUUAUGGUGAAUGGUGUGAUAAAUAUUCUGGAGAAACAUUCCAGGCGCCUGGCAACAUGGUAUCGAUGACAAGGAAAGAACCAGUUGGAGUUGUUGGUCAAAUUAUUCCUUGGAAUGUCCCUGUUUUAAUGUUAACCUGGAAAUGGGGUCCGGCUUUGGCUGCAGGUUGCACAAUUGUUUUGAAACCAGCUGAAUCAACGCCUCUUGGUGCAUUACACGUCGCUUCAUUGGUGAAAGAAGCAGGUUUUCCACCAGGUGUUAUUAACGUGGUUCCAGGAUAUGGCCACACGGCAGGCGCGGCUAUUUCAAGCCACAUGGAUGUCAAUAAAGUUGCUUUCACUGGGUCCGUUGGUGUAGGUAAAAAAAUUAUGGAAGCUGCAGCUGCUUCUAAUCUGAAAAGGGUUACUUUGGAACUUGGGGGUAAAAGUCCUUUAAUUGUAUGCGAGGACUUUGAUGUGAAUACGGCAGCGGCAUUGUGUCACAAUUUUAUUUGCUUCAAUUCGGGGCAAAUCUGUAUUGCUCCGAGUCGUGUAUUCGUGCAUGAAAGUAUUCAUGAUGCAUUUGUGUCUAAAUUGGUUGACCAGGCCAAAGCCCGAAAAGUUGGCGAUCCUUUCGAAUCUGGAGUACAACAAGGACCGCAAGUAAACGAAGCAAUAUACAAGAGGGUGUUGAGUUAUAUUGAGGUUGGAAAGAAAGAAGGUGCGAAGUUGGAGGUUGGUGGUAAUCCGAUUGGAGACAAAGGAUAUUUCAUCGAACCAACUGUUUUCACAAAUGUGACUGAUGAUAUGAAAAUUGCCAAGGAAGAGAUUUUCGGUCCUGUUCAAUGUGUUCUCAAGUUCAAAACAAUGGAGGAGGUUAUUGAGCGCGCUAAUAAUACAACCUAUGGAUUGGCAGCUGGGAUAUUAACGAACGAUAUUAACAAAGCCAUGAAUUUUGCUAACGCUGUAGAAGCUGGAUCCGUUUGGGUUAACUGUUAUAUGGCUUUUGCUGCUUCGGCUCCUUUUGGAGGAUAUAAGCAAUCAGGCAUUGGAAGGGAAAAUGGCAUAUAUGGCCUGGAAAAUUAUUUGGAAACAAAAACCAUUACAAUGAAUAUAAAUCCAGUCAAUUAAAUUCCUUUUCUUAAGUAUUAAUAACAUACUAGUGUCUACCAAAAUUUCUAAAAUAUAAAAAUGUAAAAGUUUUUAAUACA